CUCAAUUCGUGUGACGUAGUAUGGAUCUCCCGCAUUGCGAGAGCACGGUAGAUGCGCGCAUGUAAGCAGAUCUAUGUUCUUGUAACAACGACAUCUAGCUUCACUGCUCAGACGACAUAUAAUAUAAUGCCAGUAGCAGUCGUGACAGGCGCGAACAGUGGCAUUGGCCACGCGUUUGCCAACAUUCUCAUCAGCGAAGGCUAUGAAGUGCAUGCCGCCGACAUAAACGUGGGCGAGAAGCUACAAGGUCUCCAAUGCAGACUCCACCGUCUCGACGUAACCCAACCCGAAUCAAUCGCAGGCUUCGCAACCCAACUCGCCGGAAAGCCCGUCGACGUGCUCCUGAACGUAGCCGGCAUAAUGGCCAGCCAAGGCACCGACGAACUCACAACCAUCACCAAAGAAACCCUAACCAAAAUCUUCGAAGUCAACGCCUUCGGCCCCCUCCUCCUAACCCAAGCCCUCCUGAAAAACCUCCUCGAAUCCUCAAACCCACGAGUCGGGAUUGUGAGUAGUCGAGUCGGAAGCAUGGGGGAUAAUAGCACGGGAGGAAACUAUGCGUACCGAGCUUCGAAAGCUGCGGUGAACAGUUUUGGGAAGAGUUUGGCGGUGGAGUUGCAGGGGAAGAAUGUUGUGGUGAGUUUGUUGCACCCGGGGAUUGUGAGGACGGGGCUGAAUCCUGAUACGCAACCUGGACCGGAGACGGUUGAGCCUGAGGAGGCGGCGAUGAAGUUGUGGGGGGUGUUUUUGUCGAAGUCGUUGGAGGAGACGGGCAAGUUUUGGCAUAGAGAGGGAUAUGAGUUGCCGUGGUAAGAGCUGGGAGACGCCAUCGUGGAAGGCGGAGAAUUGGAUUUUGUGGUAGAGGAGCGAGAGCUCGAUUAUGUGAGACGAGCUGCAUAUCUUGUAUGCAGAAAAACGGAUGGGGAACAGCUGUAGAAGAAUUCUCAGAGAUUGGAGAACAAACAGCUACGAGGAAAGGCUAUCCAACAAAACCAGAUGUCGAGAUGCUGUAGAUGAAGAACGGUAUCGAAUAUGAGAAAUGAAACACAUAU